GACGAGCCAGCUCGGGGGAAGGGCCUGUCAGGCCCCCGGCCUCCGCCCAGGUCUCCUGUGGAACCUAAUAUAUUUAAACACACACAGAGAAAUUUUCACGGAGGGUUUGUGACUCGGGCCCGACCGGAUUCUGGACACCCGUGGACCCAGGCCCAGUCAGGCGGGCGCAGCAAAAAAAAUCGAUCUAGUGGCCUCUUCACUACCGCGGUGCCUUGGUCGUUUUCCUGUUUCCUCUGCCUCUCCUCGGACUCCAGGGCUGCCCCUGUUCCUAGGGGCCCCGAGAUUCAGGCCUUUGGUUCGGGAAGUUGGCAGAUGAGGAUGUGACCUUCUCCUGCCUGGGAAGUCUGGAGUGCUCAGGUUUUCAGUGUGCCCCUGAGGUGGCAGUUUAUAUAAAGGAAGCACUGGGACUUGUGGCCACACCCUUCAAGAGUAAAAAAGUAUUUAAAAUAUGGAACCACCAUGUACAUUACGUGAAGAAGAACAAGAGCCAGAACCACAGAAAAGUGUAGGAGAAACCAAACAAGUAGAUGAUGAAGAUGCUGAACUGAUUUUUGUUGGAGUGGAACAUGUAAAUGAAGAUGCUGAUCUGAUCUUUGUUGGGAUGACCUCAAAUUCAAAACCAGUCGUUUCAAACAUAUUGAACAGAGUUACACCAGGUUCAUGUUCAAGGAGAAAAAGGUAUGGUCACUUCAGGAAAGAUAAUGCUCACAAAUUACAGCCUGUUAGUCAUGUGACUCCUACAUCGGAAGCAAAGACUGUCUUGCCGGUUUCUGACUCUGAAUCAAGAUCAACAGAUAGUCCUAUUAUUGAGCCUUUGUCUAAACCUGAUUAUAAAAAUAUUUCACCACAAAUAGUGCCUAAUAGCUUUUCAGAGUUAUGUUCUCCUUUGAUUACCUUCACAAGUUCAUUGCAGCAUCCAGUAGAAACAGCAGUUUCUGCAGGAGAUAUGAAUAAAAAUCCUCAUGUAUCAAAGCGACUUUCCACUUCUGAAACAAAUAGCACAAAUCCCAAAAGGCCUAAACUCAGUGAUGGAAUUAUAGGGGAACCUUCUUUAGCUUUGUCCCCUUCAGGUAUUUUUCAUACAGUGACUACUCAGCAAAGCACACCAGACAGUGUUCAUACCUCAUUAAGCCACGUUCAGAAUGGAGAACCUUGUCCAACAGCUUUUCCAAAGGACAAUGUUCAUUGCAAGCCUGUAAGUUCUUUUGGGGAAAAUGGACUGACAAAAACUGACUUUCCAAGUUUAGCAAGUCAAAACAAGAUUGUUGAUCCCACAGAAGGAAAUCCAAUUGUGUUACUUCGUGACUUCUACUAUGGACAGCAUACAGGAGAUGGGCAGCCAGAACCGAAGACUCACACAGCCUUUAAAUGCCUCAGCUGCUUGAAAGUUCUGAAAAAUGUCAAGUUUAUGAAUCACAUGAAGCACCAUUUGGAACUUGAGAGGCAGAGAGGUGACAGCUGGAAAAACCACACCACCUGCCAACACUGCCACCGCCAGUUUCCUACUCCCUUCCAGCUGCAGUGUCACAUUGAAAGUGUCCACACUUCCCAGGAGCCCUCUGCUGUCUGUAAAAUCUGUGAAUUGUCCUUUGAGACAGAUCAGGUUCUCCUACAGCACAUGAAAGACAAUCAUAAGCCUGGUGAAAUGCCCUAUGUAUGCCAGGUUUGCAAUUACAGAUCAUCAGUCUUUGCAGAUGUGGAUGCACAUUUCAGAGCAUACCAUGGAAACACUAAGAAUUUGCUUUGCCCGUUUUGUCUCAAAAUUUUUAAAACUGCAACACCAUACAUGUGUCAUUAUAGAGGGCACUGGGAAAAGAGUUUUCACCAGUGUUCCAAAUGUCGGCUACAGUUUUUAACUUUCAAAGAGAAAAUGGAGCACAAGACCCAGUGUCAUCAAAUGUUUAAGAAGCCUAAGCAGCUAGAAGGAUUACCUCCUGAAACAAAAGUUGUUAUUCAGGUAUCACUGGAACCUCUUCAGCCAGGAUUGGUGGAAGUAGCAUCCAUUACUGUGAACACAUCUGAUUCUGAACCAUCACCCCCCAAAUCUAAAAGUAGGAUUUCAAAAAAAACUCGUUAACUCUACUUUCAGUAAGUCUGAAGCAAGUAUUUCAGUCAAAGUUAAAAACCCCAUUAAAAACAAAAAAUCCAAAUUAUUACAUUAUUCAAUAGUAUCAAAUAUAGUGAAAGCAAUGGGUAAUUUAUGUGUUUUUUUUUUUAAUUCAUGAAGUAAAAUUUUGUUUGAAUGUUGAAAUGUUAUUUAAAAAUACAUUACCUGUUUUUCAUAUAAUUGUCUUAACACAUAAAAGUUAUGUGUGCGUGUGAGAGAGAGAGAAUGAGAGAGGGGGAGAGAGGAAGAGUAACAACCUAUUUAUUUUGGUAUUUCAUGUUAUUUGUAAGUUCGAAAGCUCUACUAUACAUAUAAUCUGUAGAGUGUUUUAGCAACGUAAUUUUCAACUGUUUUCAUGCCUUGAAGAUCUCAGUAUUAACUAUAUAGCCAGAUUGGAAUGGCUUUGUGAUGGUAUGGUUCCGUGUGCUGCUGAACUCUCCGAAGUGCCUCUGUUGUGCUGAUCUAAGAUAACCUGGCUCUGAAAGCCUGGUGUGGAGAAUUUGAUGGAGAAGCUGUGAUGUGAGUUUGGACCAGGGGAUUUAGCCAGCGGAGAGCAGUGGCUUCUUUGUCCCAGUUGAGGAAGAGGCACAGAUUGACUGCAGGCAUAGAGCCAAGGCAGAAGGAACACUGUCUGAGUGUCUUUACCUAGCCCAGGGACAUCUAAGGAAGCCAACCAUUAAAAUGCCUGUGUUUGGUGAAGGGCCCCUGCAAGCAUCAAGCAGGCCCUGUGUAUCAUUGACUGCAGUUGGAGAAGCAGAGAUAGUUAAUAGAAUGAGGCCUGGUGCCCAUGGACCUCCUGUUGAGUGAUCAAAAGGGGAAUUUGACUCAUUCCAUCCCCUUUCCCUUCUGGCUGGCCUUCAGUUAGAGUGAAGUAGCCAUAUCUGUCUCAGUCACAGUAGUAAAGCAAGUUAAGAUUCCCAAGGAAAAAAGCCUUGAUGUCCAGUUUGAUUUGUACUGGACGCAUAGUUUUAACUGAAAAGGAUCAAACACAGGGAAUCUGUUCAGUUUAUGAACUGGGCUAAAUUUAGUUCUCUUACCCUUAAGCUACAGUGGAGUUGUCCUAGAAUAGUAAGUGUAGUGAAUAAAAAUGGUCCAGGGUGAUUAAACCCUUUAUAGAACUUUUCCUAACCUUUUCCAGUUACAUGUGUCUUACCCUAGUUGAACAUGUGAAGUUUUCAGUUUUGUAUCUUAUCUUGACUUGGACACGAAUGUAUUACAGUUAACAGUUAAUUCUUUGUGUGUGUAACCCAUUUUAUCAAACUAAUAUUGAGUUUCAGUCUUACUUGACACACUCUGAUGUGCAGGAAUUGUCUUAUUUCAGUAAUUAUCAGGUCAUAGAGUUAUUAUCCUUCCUCUAAUCUAUCCACCUAUCUAAUCUGUGAUUAUACUUGUGGAAACCUUCUUCCAAGGGCUCUUUCACAGAACUGCGGGGUACCCUCUAAGUAUUGGUUCCUGAACAUCAGCACACUCGGCUGCCUCUGUGGGUUCCUAGAGUUGAGUCUCCUUAGGCAUGUUUUAAUGCCAUCCCUUCUCCGCUUCUGGCACAGAUAACCUAGCAAUCUCUGUGCACCAUUCAAGGAACCUGGGAUCCUGGCUGUAGACCUAUGCCAAGAGAAAUCUCUCCUUUUCCUCUUCCUUUUUCCUCCUCUUUAUCUCUCCCCACUUCUUUGUCCCCCUCCUCAAUUUAUUUAAAUUCUCUGAGCUUUCAGAAAAUACUGGAAAGUGAUAAUCACCAAGGGGUUAGCAUCCCUCUUAGAACUGAAGAGGAAGGACUACAGAUAACUAAGUUGUAGUGAGUAUAUUGUCUAUAUUUUAGAUAAUUUCCUGAGUGUAAAUUCUAUUGUAUUUAUUUACUCAAUGCUUGAUCGAUUGAUUUGCACUUUGAAUAUUUUACUAGGCCUUUCCAGUUAGUUUGCUUGGGCCAAAGCACUUUGCUAAGUGUCAGCUUAAACCACUUUCUUUAGGUGUAGAAAGAGUGUAUGUGUGUGUUCUGGUCUCAGGUGAAAACUAUGUAUAAAUAAAUGUGCAAACUUUUGCAUACUUAUCUCCUUUAUUCUAUUUCUGUAGUAAAAAUAAGAAAUGUUUUAGUUACAUGUUUUUGUUGUUGCUUAGUAUUAUCAACACUGUUACUGUCAUUUGCUCUGAAGUAUGCUCCUAAGGAGUACAAGUUGUUAUUUAUUGCCAACUAAAAAGGUUCCAGUGAUAUGGUCCCUGACUACCUCCUCUCUUCCAUUCUCUGUCAUUCUACUCUACUGUUUUCCCCACUGGUGCACUGUUUUUGACACACUGGCCUUGCUUUUCCUCAAGCAAAUUCCAUUUCUUCCCCAUCCAAAGACUGCAACUGCUGUUCUUCUGGAAACACUCUUCCCCUAGGCCUGCGUGGCUUGCUACCUGCCUUGUUUGAGCUUCACCAAUGCUGUUAAAAUCACACAAUGAAAUCUCCAGCCCCCUCCCUUUACUCCUCCUCCUUAAAGGCACUUUAAGUCUCCACCCUCUUCUUCCCUCUCCAGCCUAAAUUUCCUAGAUUUUCACAAAAGAGCUGAGAAGAGAUAAUAACAUCAGGGCUUUGCUUCUUAGAAUUGAGUUAACUUGAGUCAGUUUCUGUGCCUGCAAAUAAAAGAUAGUUAAUAAUGAGUUGAGUUCUUUCAGGAGCUUUCUCUGUUUUUCUAUUGAUACCUCUAUAUUUUUUUAAGGCAAUGUCACUUUGUUUUGUUUACAAAUAUAUUGAAUAUCUGUCAAGAUUACUAUUUUGUUAUUGCCCUUUGUGAAUUUCCUUGUCUAUUUUGCUUGUUCUUUCAGAUAAAAUUUAUUAUUUUAUUAAUGUUGCCAAAAAAUUGUAAGUAAAAUUAGUAUUUAUAGAAAUAAAACGUUUUUU